UAGUAGUAUUUAAUGGUCAAUGGCUGCCACCUCAUCGUGAUGUCGUGAUGUUGACGAAUGUUCUGUACUGUGGAAUGCGUGGAACUUGCUGGUAAUACGUCAAGCUGAUCGGAACCUUUGCAGGACGAUAAUUGACAAUAAUAACAAAUAAGAUGAGCCGCUCUCACAUCAGAGCUCUCCUGGCGAUUUUCUUGAUCGCUCAGGCUCACGGUAUCAUGUUCUACCUGUCGCCGAACAGUCACAAGUGUCUCAAGGAGGAGGUUCAGGCGGAUGUACUUGUCACGGGAGAAUAUGAGGUGUCCGAGGCGAUAGGUCAGAAAACCGAUUACGCGAUACAGGAUUCCAAAGGACAUAUAUUGUCGCAGAAGGAAGAUAUUCCUCAUGGAAAGCUAUUGAAAUUCUCCUUUGUAACUGAAACUUAUGAUACUUUUGAAAUAUGCUUUGUUUCACAUGUUCCAAAUCAUCAACGUGGAGUCAGGCAAGAAGUUACGCUAAUCACAAAACGUGGCAUUGAAGCAAAGAAUUACGAAGGCAUCGGCGAAGCAGCCAAGUUAAAACCAGUAGAAGUGGAAUUGAAACGAUUGGAAGAUUUGUCUGAGGCGAUAGUGCAAGACUUCGCAAGAAUGCGCAAAAACGAGGAAGAAAUGAGAGAUACAAAUGAGGCCACAAACACUCGAGUGCUAUACUUCAGUUUAUUCUCGAUAUGUAUUCUUUUCGGGUUAUCCACUUGGCAACUUUUCUACUUCCGACGUUUCUUCAGGAUGAAGAAACUCAUAGAAUAAAUUUGUAAUAAAUACAUUUAUUCUUUGAAUUUCAGUUUUUGUUAUUUGCAACUUCAUAUUUAAAUGCGAAUUUACACGUUAUGAAACAUUUUUUUAUAUUGCAACAUAAAAAAAAGUUUGAAAUAAACAAAUAGGAAAUGAAACGUCAACAAUCAUGUUACCGCAUUUGAAUCAAUGUAAAAUAUGAUAGGUUCUUAUCAUCUCACCACAUACCGUGCAUGUAUCACGUUACCGAAGACAUAAUGUUAAAAAAAUGUAAGAUAGAAGAUUUCUUAAAUAAAAGAUUAUUGAUAUAAUCA